CUGCUUGUGACUUGUCAGUUCACUGCAGUGAUCUCAUAAAUUCAUCAGUCGACCAACAGGACUUAACUCUGUACAGUUAAUUUAAUGCGAUCUCUAGUCAGUACUCUAUUGAAAAAUAGAGACUAUUUAAAAUUAUUAAAAUUCAUUAUUAUUUAAAAAAGAUUAGUUUAUUUGUCGUUUUAGGUCAUUUUAAAUAUUUCGUAUUUUAUUUUUGUAGUUUUUCAUUUUUGAACUCAUUGCUAUACACUACCACCAUAAUACCAGGAAACUAAUUAUCGAGCACUACACUGGGAAUCAUCAAAAUUUAGAAUGCCUGUGAAAAAAACACUUCUUAAUAGCCGUAGUUUUGAUGUAUACCAGGAUAGAAAUAAGUAUUAUGAGGAUUUACGCCGUAAACGUAAUGAUGUAACUAUUGAGUUGCGAAAAACCUUACGUGACGAACAAUUGAAAAAACAUAGAAAUAUAGUUCUAGAUGCCCAUGAUGAUGAAUUGGAAAUUAAACCUGAAGUUGAUUUGACAAUUGAUGAUAUCAAAGAAGGUUUAAAAAGUCAAACAUCAGCAGUAAAGAAAUUGAGUUGCUUAAAAUAUGCUCGUAAGAUGUUAAGUUCAAGGAAAUGUGCUCCCAUUGAUGACUUCAUUAAAGCUGGUAUUUUACCAAUGUUGAUGGAUUUCUUGACUCCAAAAUAUAACAAUGAUACUGAUUUCCAAUAUGAAUGUGCUUGGAUAUUGACUAACGUAGCAUCAGGAUCAUCAGCAAACACCAUUUGUAUAGUUAAUGAGGGUGCAGUUCCUUUACUUAUAAAUUUGCUCAAAUCACCAGAUAUACGUGUGAUGGAACAAGCUGUUUGGGCAUUAGGGAAUAUUGCGGGUGAUGGACCCCAACUUAGGGAUAUUGUAUUAUCAAACGGUAUUGUACCAAUUUUAAACAGCUUAUUAGAAAAAACAGAGCAAGUAACUGCACAACAGAACAUAGUAUGGACGCUAUCAAAUCUUUGUCGCAGCAAAACUCCUCCUCCAAAUUUUAAUUAUUUACUUCCAUCUAUUCCAUUGUUGGUUGGAAUGUUGAGUCAUAAUGAUUCUCAGGUUGUUUCUAAUGCUUGCUGGGCUUUAUCAUACUUGACUGAUGGGAGUAAUGAAAAAAUUCAAGUAAUUAUUGAAGCUGGUACAUUGAGGGCCAUUUUAAAAUAUUUAGAAGUUGAUGACACCACCAUACUUAUACCUGCGCUACGAGUAGUUGGCAAUAUUGUGUCUGGUAAUGAUACACAAACAAAGCAUGCAUUGGAUCAUGGUAUACUUAAAUACCUUCAUAAUCUAUUAAAUCAUAGGCGUAUUCCUGUUGUGAAAGAUGCUGCUUGGUUGUUAUCAAAUGUGAUGGCUGGUAGUGUAGAACAAAUUCAAGCAGCCAUUGAUCAUAAUCUAUUGCCAGUUUUGAUUCGAGCUCUACAACGUGGAGAUGUUAAAGUACAAAAAGAAGCUGCUUGGGCCAUAAACAAUCUAUUUAGUGGUGGUUCAGAUGCUCAGAAAGCUCAUCUGAUUGAUAUUGGAAUAUUAGAACCUUAUUGUGGCUUAUUAAUAUCUCCAGAUGAUAGAAUGGUAGAAAUUAUACUGGAAGGUCUUAAUCAAUUAUUGGAAAAAUCUGAAUGCACCCGAGGCAAGCUUUGUAUGCUAAUUGAGGAAGCAAGUGGGUUAGAUCACCUGGAAGCAUUGCAGAAUCAUUCUUCUCAAAAGAUUUAUGAGAUGUCAUUCAAUAUAGUUGAGAAAUAUUUUCAAGGAGAGGAUGAAACUCUAGAAUUUGACUUGGGAAUUAUUCCCCGCGAUAUGAGUUCGGGUAAUUUGUUCAGCAUUGAUCAUUGACUAGAGAAAAUAUAUCUCAUAAAUUAAGUGUAACUGAUUGAUAUAAAAUUAACCGGUUCUUAUUUUUCAUUCAAUUAUUUUUGUGUAUUAAAAUUAUUAAAUUUAUUUUUAUGUUAUCAAAUCACCUAUAUUUAGAUUUUUCAACUAGUUAUUUUUUAUACAAAUUUAUAUAUUAUAUACUAAUCUACUAAAUAUAAUGUACCUUCAUUGUUUAUAAUGCUAGUACAUAAUGUUAUAUACACACUUUAUUGCUUUUAUAAUUUUAAAACAAAUUAUGUUAUUUAAAAAAAAAUAUUCUUUUUAGAAUCAAUUUUAUUUGACAUAUUGUGAAAUUCCAUAAAUUUACAUUUUUCUUAGUAAAAGUAUUAUUAAUUUUAAAAAUUUUAAAAAUGAAAAAUAUUUUCUUUCCACUGCUACUACCAUUCCUUUUACUUACCUAUGCUGUGUGCCAGUGUUUACCAAAUCAUAUAUUAAAAUUAUUCUUAUAAUUACAAAAUGCUCAAUUAUUGUUUCCAUAAAUUUCUAUUUGUCAAAAAAUAUUUUUCUGUUUGUACUUUACAAUACCUAAUUAUAUAAGACUUUGUUUCUGAAACACAA